CGAAUCCUUCCCUCCUCAAAGCCCAAAAAAAAAAACCCAAAUCUCUCUCUGUAAUUUUCCAGUCUUCUCCUUCCUCGGAACAGAGCCUUCAAACUCGUCUUCGGCUCUGCUUCUGUUCCCCCCUCUCUCUCUCUCUCUAGAAAUUUUGUCCGAAUUCAACAACAUUCAUCGCACCUUCCGUUGAUAUUCAAUUUUUCUGUUCACUAAUUAAACAAAAAAAAAAAAUUGGAUUGGAUUCUCGUGUUUAGGAGAGAGAAAGUAUGGCGUUGAGCGGCGAAGCGUCGACGUGGACGCCUCAGGAGGAGGGGCUCAGGGAGAUCUGUGGGCUGCUGGAGCAGCAGAUGGCUCCCACCUCCGAUGACAAGUCGAUGAUUUGGCAGAAGCUGCAGCAGUACUCCCACUUCCCCGAUUUCAACAAUUAUCUCGCUUUUAUCUUCGCGCACGCCGAGGGGAUAUCAGUGGAGGUUAGGCAAGCAGCAGGUUUGCUUCUGAAGAACAACCUUAGAAGUGCAUUCAAAACCAUGCCGCCUGCAAAUCAACGCUAUAUAAAGUCGGAGUUGUUACCUUGUAUGGGAGCAGCAGAUAGGCAAAUCAGGUCUACAGCUGGGACAAUUAUCAGUACUUUUGUUCAGAUUGAGGGAGUUGCAGGAUGGCCUGAAUUGCUACAUGUCCUCGUAAAGUGUUUAGAUAGUAAUGAUGCCAAUCACAUGGAAGGUGCUAUGGAUGCUUUGUCCAAGAUUUGUGAAGAUGUGCCCCAAGUGCUUGAUUCUGAUAUUUCUGGAUUAUCUGAACGGCCCAUUAAUGCAUUUAUUCCAAGAUUCCUCCAGCUUUUCCAGUCCCCACAUGCUACAUUAAGAAAGCUGUCCUUGGGUUCGGUGAAUCAGUACAUUAUGCUAAUGCCUACGGUUUUGCAUUUGUCUAUGGAUAAAUAUUUGCAAGGUUUGUUUGUCCUUGCCAAUGACCCAACUGCAGAGGUGCGGAAGCUGGUAUGUUCCGCAUUUGUUCAGCUGAUUGAAGUACGUUCUGCUGUUUUGGAGCCUCAUUUAAGGAAUAUAAUCGAAUAUAUGUUGAUAGUCAACAAGGACCCCGACGAUGAAGUGGCUCUAGAAGCAUGUGAAUUUUGGUCUGCUUAUUGUGAAGCUGAAUUGCCGCCAGAGAACCUGAGGGAAUUUUUGCCACGUCUUCUACCAAUUUUGCUCUUAAACAUGGCGUAUUCUGAUGAUGAUGAAUCUCUUGCAGAAGCUGAGGAGGAUGGGUCUCUUCCAGAUCGAGAUCAGGAUCUGAAGCCCCGGUUUCAUGCAUCACGUUUUCAUGGGUCUGAGGAUGAAGAAGACGAGGAUGAUGACAUUGUAAAUGUUUGGAAUUUACGUAAAUGCAGUGCAGCCGCACUAGAUUUUAUCUCCAAUGUGUUUGGGGAUGAGAUCUUGCCCACUAUGAUGCCCAUUGUGCAGGCAAAGUUGUCCAAUGCAGAUGAUGAAGGUUGGAAAGAGAGGGAAGCUGCAGUGUUAGCGCUUGGUGCCAUAGGCGAGGGCUGCAUUAUUGGUCUUUACCCACAUCUCUCCGAGAUUAUUGCAUUUCUCAUUCCACUCUUAGAUGACAAGUUUCCUCUGAUUCGAAGCAUCUCUUGUUGGACACUGUCGCGUUUUAGCAAAUAUAUUGUUCAGGGUACUGCUCACCAAGAAGGUCAUGAACGAUUUGACAAAGUUCUGAUGGGUUUACUGCAAAGAAUAUUGGAUGACAAUAAGAGGGUGCAAGAAGCUGCUUGUUCAGCUUUUGCAACACUUGAAGAGGAAGCUGCAGAAGAGUUGGCUCCACGAUUGGAUGUCAUUUUGCAACACUUAAUGGCGGCCUUUGGAAAAUAUCAGAGGCGAAACCUCAGAAUUGUAUAUGAUGCUCUUGGAACAUUAGCAGAGGCUGUUGGUGGAGAGCUGAAUCAGCCUAGAUAUCUUGAAAUUUUAAUGCCCCCAUUGAUUGGAAAGUGGCAGCAGCUUUCUAACUCUGACAAAGAUCUUUUUCCGCUGUUCGAAUGCUUUACAUCAAUAGCAAAGGCAUUGGGUACCGGAUUUUCACAGUUUGCUCAGCCAGUGUAUCUGAGGUGCAUAAACAUCAUCCAGACUCAACAAUUGGCCAAGGUUGAUCCUGUUUCAGCUGGGGCACAGUAUGAUAAAGAGUUCACAGUUUGCUCCUUGGAUCUUCUCUCAGGACUUGCUGAGGGUCUUGGUCCUGGGAUUGAGAGUUUGGUUUCACAAAGUAAUUUAAGGGACUUGCUGCUGCAAUGUUGUAUGGAGGAUGCCUAUGACAUCCGGCAAAGUGCUUUUGCUCUGCUGGGAGACCUUGCUAGAGUUUGUCCAGUUCAUUUACAUUCUCGUUUAGCUGAGUUUCUCGAUGUUGCUGCGAAGCAAUUGAACACCCCGAAGCUGAAGGAGACUGUAUCUGUCGCCAACAAUGCAUGUUGGGCUAUUGGAGAACUAGCAAUAAAGGUUCAGAAGGAGAUGUCUCCUGUAGUUCUGAAUGUAGUCUCUUGCUUAGUCCCGAUACUGCAACGUCCCGAGGGCUUGAACAAAUCACUCAUAGAAAAUAGUGCCAUUACACUUGGAAGACUUGCAUGGGUUUGCCCGGAGCUUGUCUCACCACACAUGGAGCAUUUCCUGCAGUCGUGGUGCAUUGCUUUGUCCAUGAUACGGGAUGACGUAGAGAAGGAAGAUGCUUUCAGAGGUUUAUGCGCAAUGGUUAGAGCAAAUCCAGCUGGGGCUUUGAAUUCUCUUGUUUUCAUGUGCAAGGCUAUUGCAAGUUGGCAUGAAAUAAGGAGUGAGGACCUACACAAUGAAGUCUGCCAGGUGUUGAACGGCUAUAAACAAAUGCUUCAAAAUGGAGCGUGGGAACAAUGCAUGUCUGCCUUGGAGCCAGAUGUGAAGGAAAAGCUGCUCAAGUAUCAAGUAUGAUGAUCGCAGAAUAUUCCUUCCUUACUUGAUUGGCUGUGCGUUUAUUCAUCAUUGUCUAUUUUUCCGACAAUUGUGGGGCCCAGUUUCGCCAUGUGACUGUUUCCGUACAAUAGCAUUUUAUUGAGAACCGGAAGCUGUGGUUGUAUAGGGAAUGUGCUAUUUGAACUUCUGUAUUGUUUUCUCUCCUUGCCGUGCAAAUAGGAGAGAAAUUGUUGAUUUGAAUUUGAGGUUUUCGUUUUUUUUUUUGGGGUCGUGAAUUGGUAGAAUUCUUUGAAGGUUCUGGUGGGGAAGAAUCCAGUCACAAGUUCCACAAAGUUUUGUUAGGAAGGUGUCCAUACUUUCUUUAGGAUAUCGAAAUUGUAAUUCUAUUUCUAGGCAGAGAAAAAUUUGAUAUUGUUUUCGAAAUGUCGAUUAGGGGGUUUCAUUGGAGAGCGAAAAUAAAUAUUUCGAUUAUUUAGGCUUUUGGUGUGAUGAUUUAAUAGGGAAAUUAUAUGUGCUUGAAGAAUUAAAUGUUGUAUUAUUGUGAGGGGAUUUGGUAUUGAUGUUUCAAUAUUUUGUGUUCU